UAAAAAUACCAAAACACUUUGCUUUUGUAAAAUCGGACGAUUUCAUAAUUUCUCAGCAAGCGGAAAAUUACCAUUUUGUUGGAGCUUAUAAUGUCGGGCGCGGAGCAAGGACCUAAGAUCAAGUACGGGGAAAACGCUCCAAAGCUGGACAAGGCGCAGCUGCAGUUCAUGAAGCUGAUCGAGGAGCAGAACCUGGACCGCGUGCAAAAACUGAAACGCAUUCGUCGCAACAAUCUGCUGACUGCCGGCGCCCUGGGAGUCUCUGUGCUGGCCAUUUACGGCUAUUCGAUCUUCUCGGUGCAGCAGGAGAAGUUCCUGGACGACUUCGAGGAACCCAAGAAGAUCACCACCAACUAGCAGU